CCAUACACUUGCUCUGGCAAUUAGGAAACCUGUUGCACACCUGUCUAUAAUGCAGGAGAGUUUUUUCCCACCGCAGGCAAGAAAUUCCUCAAAACUACCAACUGGACCUCAACCUUUCUUAGAUGCAUGAAGCAUAGAGAAUGGAAGUUGCAGAGCACAGGGCCAGGAAGCAGACCCUCCCAGCUAACAUGUGAGGCAAGGCCUGGCACCUCAUCCACCUUCAGCUCACAGUCACCGACGUCAAUGACGAGUCUCCGCAGUGGACGAUGGAGCCAUUUCCGUACUUGACAGCCGUGUCACGUCUGGCCCUGGUGGGGACCUGUAUUUACAAACUACACGCAACUGACAAGGAUGAAGGAUCCAAUGGAGAAGUGGAGUAUUUCCUUCUGGAAGAUGGAGGGGGCAGGUUUACUGUGGACAGAAGCUCCGGCUGCAUAUUGACCACAGAUAAGAGCCUAGAGGAGGACGUAGAGUAUCAGCUGACGGUACAAGCUGCUGAUAAACCCGGAAGGAGGAGUCCUGCAGUCACUGUCUCGGUGGUUGCUGGUGUCCGACCUCCGCAGUUCAGAAAUGCAUCAUACACGAUCCACGUUCCAGAGAACACACCCGCAGGACAAGUCCUGGGGACGGUGUCGGCGCUCUCCCACCAGAACAGGACGUUAAGCUACAGUUUGGUGUCCAACCCUCACAAUUUGUUCACCAUUCACCACCUGAGCGGGGAGAUCUCAAUGACAAAGAGUGUGGAUUAUGAGACGGAACCUCAUCAGUUUCUGCUCCUGGUGAGAGCAAGUGAAGACCACCAAUCGCUGACCAGCACUGCUGAGGUUGCGGUGGUGAUUACAGACGUAAAUGAUUGCGCCCCCGAAUUUCAGCAGACCAUCUACAGCAAGGAAGGCGUCCCUGAGACCGUGCCGCCGACAUCCACCCUGCUGCAAGUCACGGCCGCUGACUGCGACACCGGCGCCAACGGCGACUUCUCCUACUUCACGCUCAGCCCUGAUUUCAGCAUCUCCGAGAAGGGUGUCAUUAGCCCGGCACGGGGCCUGGACUACGAGCGGCCCGGCCACCUGUACGAGUUCGUCAUCCUGGCGGUAGACCGCGGCGAGCCGCCCAACACCGGGACCGCCACCGUCAGGAUCCGAGUCUCCAACGUCAACGACGAAGCGCCGGAAUUUUCCCAAGCAGUAUAUCGGACGUUUGUGUCAGAAGACGCGGCCCCCAACACCCUGGUGGCCACGGUACAAGCGUUCGACCCUGACGGAGACCGAGUCACUUAUGAAAUCUCUGAAGGAAACAAGGAGGGAAAUUUCGUUAUUGAUCCUCAGAAAGGUCUUAUUCGCCUUGGCCCAAGUCCUCUCCCCCAGCUCCACGGGACUGAGUACAUCUUGUAUGUAACCGCGGCAGACGACAACGCCUCCGGCGGUCCGCACAGCCUCACCAGCACGGCCACAGUCCUCGUUCGAGUGGAUGACAUCAAUAAUAACAAGCCCAUUUUUCAUCAGUGUGCCGAGUACAGCAAGAACGCCUCGAUUCUAGAAAACCAGCCCCUGGGGACGUUUGUGCUUCAAGUGGAGGCAAAAGACGCGGACAGCGGAGUGAACGGGCAAGUGAAAUAUGGGAUCGUGCACAGAGAGGGAUACUUGCCUGCCUUCACCAUCCACCCCGACACAGGAAUUAUAACCACACUUCAAAUAUUCGAUCGGGAGAAGGAGAAGGAAUAUCCGCUGACCAUCAAGGCCACCGACCAGGCCAGUGACCCCCUCAUCAGCCUCUGCCAGAUAAACAUCGCCAUCCUCGACCAGAACGACAACGACCCAAGCUUCGAAAACAACCGCUACGAGUACUUCUUAAAGGAGGACACGCCGGUCGGAACAAGCUUCCUGCGUAUCGCCGCCCGCGAUGAAGACUACGGCCCAAACGCGGCACUGACCUACUCCUUGGCGGGUGACGAGCCACUGUUCUUCCAGAUUAACAGCACGACGGGGUGGCUGUACGUCAACCAACCGAUAUCUCGGAAAUCCCUAAUAACACAAGAAGUAAUUGCGACAGAUGGCGGGAACCGCAGCACGCGGGUGGAGGUGGCAGUACGGGUGACAGAUGCCCAGAAUCAACCUCCGGUGUGGCAAAAAGAUCGAUAUGAAAUUGUGAUUCCGGAGAACACAUUGAGAGAUACACCUCUUGUGACCGUCAAGGCAAGAUCACUUCUGGGAGAUCCUCGAGUGACAUAUAAUUUGGAGGAAGGACUGGUCCCUGAGAGUAACAUGCCAGUACGUUUCUACCUGACCAUGAACCGGGAGGAUGGUUCUGCUUCAGUAUUAGUGGCUGAGAACCUCGACUACGAAACCACCAGGAACUUUAUCUUGAAAAUCAGAGCUCAAAAUGUUGCUCCGGUGCCUCUAGCUGCCUUCACUACAGUGUAUAUUAACAUCACAGAUGUGAAUGAUAAUGUCCCAUUCUUCAGCUCGUCCAUAUACGAGGCUUCAGUGACCGAAGGACUUGAGUUGGGGACUUUUGUCCUUCAGGUUUCUGCAUCUGACCAAGACCUAGGUCUUAAUGGAGAGAUUAUGUAUUCCAUAUUGGAAGAUCGUAGUGGGGACCAUGCUCUGUUCCACAUAGACCCCCAGACCGGGAGCAUCUACACCGCAGCAGUCUUCGACCGAGAGACAAAGACAUCGUACUUACUGGAGGUCAAAUCAUCCGAUGGCUCAGAAUCUUCUCGACCAGGAAAACACGGGCAGCCCAAUACUGAUACGGCCUACGUGCGCAUUUUUAUCAGCGAUGUCAACGAUAACCUGCCGACCUUUGCGCAGAGCACCUACUAUGUGAGCGUGGAUGAGGACCAGGAUGUGGGCACCGUGGUGGCGACUGUGAGCGCCAGUGAUCCGGAUGAAGGUAUGAAUGCAAAUAUCCGAUAUCAAAUCACAUCAGGUAACAUAGGCGGAGUGCUGGAUGUCAACCCAGAGACAGGCGCCAUUUUAAUUGUGCAUCCCCUGGAUUAUGAGGAGGUGAAGGUCUAUGUGCUCACCCUGUUGGCAUCUGAUGGGAAAUGGGAGGAUUAUGCCACUGUGACCAUCAGUGUGUUGAACAAAAAUGAUGAGGCCCCAGUCUUUUCUUUGAACGAGUAUCGGGGAAGUGUCGCAGAGGCGCUGGUUGACUUGCCAGUGUUUGUGCUGCAGGUCUCUGCUAACGAUCCAGACCAUAGUGAAUUGGGAGGGUUAAAGUAUUCCCUUCAUGGAAGUGGUGCCGAAACGGUCUUUACCAUAACUGAAAAGACGGGACAGAUAUUUGCCCUGCAGACCCUGGACCGUGAAGAACAUGCCGUGUGGAGAUUUGUGGUGUUGGCCACUGAUGACGACGGUGACGGUCUUACAGGAUUUACUGAUGUGAUCAUCUACGUACAGGACGUUAAUGACAAUGCCCCACAGUUCCUCUGCACUUUUAACAUUUGUAAUGCCAGCGUGGUUGAACAUUCGCCACCAAGCACUUCAGUCAUGGAGAUGGCAGCCAUAGAUCUUGAUGAUAAAAACGAAGGCCAAAAUGCCAUUUUGACUUACACGAUAGUGCCCAGUCCAUUGGAUUUGUCACGCCAAAAGAUGUUUACAAUAAAUAAUGAGACUGGUACCAUUUAUACAGCUGUUGGAGACAUUGAUAGAGAAAAGAACGAUACAUAUUUGAUUUUGGUAGAAGUUAAAGACGGUGGUGGGCUGUUGACCACAGGUACGGCAACAGUCACAGUGGUAGAUAUUAAUGAUCAUGCCCCAAGAUUUACUCAAGAUGUUUGGACUGCAGUCAUUCCGGAAACUAGUGAAGUAAACUUUAAGGUCCUUCAGGUCUCUGCCGUCGAUGAGGAUGUUGGAGAAAAUGCUCUACUGACCUUCAGUAUCAUCGAGGGAGAUCCUGAUCAAAAAUUUUCCAUUGAAAAUGGAAGGAAGAACCACCUGGCCGAAAUAAAAUUGAAAAAGAAACUGGAUUACGAAAACCCUCACGAGCGUUGGUUUAAUCUCACCAUCAAAGUAGAGGAUUUAGAGUUCUCUACUACUUCCUAUUGCCUAAUAGAAUUACAAGAUUAUAAUGACCACCCUCCUAUCUUUAGUCCAUCCGUGGUUCAUGUGGCACCUUUUUUCGAAAACAUAACUGUAGGAAGCAUUAUAACUCAAGUGACAGCUACAGAUGCCGAUUCAAGCGAAAAUGGGCAGAUAUCUUACACUAUUCAAUCGGACUCGGAUGUUCUUGACGAAUUUUACGUUGACCAAAGUGGUUCCAUGAUAGUGGCUAAAUCACUGGACCGGGAAACCAUGUCACAGUAUGCUCUAGUCAUUCUGGCCAUUGACAAUGGUUCUCCGGCACAAACUGGCACAGCAACCGUGUAUCUCACCCUUCUAGAUGUCAAUGACAAUGGUCCAAGGUUUGAUGGCUUGUAUAUGCCUGUAGUUUGGGAAAAUGCAGCCUGGCCCCAGACUUUACGUAUGAACGAAAGCUCUUAUUUGUUGUAUGUCGUCGAUGCAGACUCUCCAGGAAAUGGGCCACCCUUUCGGUUUUCUCUUCCAAGUGACCUCCAGAAUUCCUCCGACUUCCUGCUUGUUGACCAUGGAAAUAACACAGCCUCAAUCCAAACUCAGAGAAUCUUUGAUCGGGAAAAAGAGAAAGAGUUUCGUCUUCCUGUGAUUGUAACCGAUAGUGGGAACCCACCGAUGAGCGCCACAAAUACGCUAAUGAUAACCGUCGGAGAUGAAAAUGAUAAUGGACACAAAGAAGGCCACAAGGAGGUCUACGUCUAUAUUCAUGGAGCGGCCCGCUCCCCGGUCGAGGUUGGCAAGGUCUUCGCUCCAGAUGAAGAUGAUUGGGACAAUAAAACCUUCACGACGGUCUCGGAAAUGCCUCUGCACUUCCUCCUGGACCCGAGCACCGGGACACUGACCAUGUUGGAGAAUACUGCCCAAGGAACGUAUAACCUGGAAGUCAAGGUGUCCGAUGGAGUUUGGCCAGAUGUCACGGCCACCGUGAGAAUUCACGUGAAGGAGAUCAAAAGUGACGCCAUCUUCAACUCCGCUUCUUUAAUAUUAACAAGUACGUCAUAACUGCAAUGUGGCCUUUACUACUUCUCCACCUCAACGUAGCCUCCUUCAUACCCAGUGGAAGUAGAACACCAAUCA